AUGGAGCCGCGGCCGCGGCCCGGGACCUGUGCGGCGGCGGCGGCGGCGGCGGCUCUCCUCUUCCUGCUGCUGCUGGGUGCCCGGGCCAGCACCCCCAGCCCCCGGUGUGACUGCGGCCACAGCUUCCCAAAUCGGAGUCGUCUGGGCUGCUGCAAGGGCUGUCCAGCAGGGCACUACCUGAAGGCCCCCUGCACAAAGCCUUGUGGCGCGGCCACCUGCCUCCCCUGUCCGCAGGGCACCUUUCUGGCCCGGGAAAACCACUACGAGACCCGCUGUGCCCGCUGCCAGGCCUGCGAUGAGCUGGCCCCCCAGAUGGCCCUGAGGAACUGCUCAGCAGUGGCAGACACCCACUGUGGCUGCAGGCCAGGCUGGUUCAGGGACUGCAUGGUCAGCCAGUGCCGGCAUGGUUCCCCCUUUCGCUGCCGCCCAUGCACAGACUGCGGGGCCCUGCACCGGCACACACAGACACCUUGUUCUAGCAGAGACACCCACUGUGGGACCUGCCUGCCUGGCUUCUAUGAAUAUGGCAAGAGCUGCGUGUCCUGUCCCACGAGCACCCUUGGAAGCUGUCCUGAGCCCUGCGUGGCUGUCUGUGGCUGGAGGCAGAUGUUCUGGGUGCAGAUUCUCGUGGCAGGCCUGGUGGUCCCACUCCUGCUUGGUGCCACCCUGACCUACACAUACCGCCGCUGCCAUCCUUGCAAGGCCAUAGGUCCCCCAGAUGACACUGCUAUGGAGGUCCUGACCCCCCUACAGACUACCCAUCUCUCACCCCCGGACAGCGGCCCUGCCCUUCUGGUGCCACCCAGCAGCAGUGAGAAGGUGUGCCCUGUCCAGUUGGUAGGCCACAGCUGGACCUCUGGCUCACCCCAGACCCAGGAGGCACCCUGCCUGGAGACCACAUGGUCCUGGGACCAGCUGCCCAGCAGAGCUCCUGGCCCGCCGCCCCCGCCGUCGCCAGCGCCCCCUUCAGGCUCGGCGGCCGCCACGCUCCAGCCUGGUCCGCAGCUCUACGACGUGAUGGACGCCGUGCCCGCGCGGCGUUGGAAGGAGUUCGUGCGCACUCUCGGGCUGCGCGAGGCGGAGAUCGAGGCGGUGGAGGUGGAGGUCGGCCGCUUCCGCGACCAGCAGUACGAGAUGCUCAAGCGCUGGCGCCAGCAGCAGCACGCAGGCUUGGGCGCCGUCUACGCUGCCCUGGAGCGCAUGGGGCUGGACGGCUGCGCAGAGGACCUGCGGAGCCGCCUACAGCGCGGCCCGUGA